CGGCUUUGUGCGGCGCUGCGGCGCGCACCGCGGACGGUCGGGAACAAAGGAGCCGGGCGCCCCGCCGCCGGGACCCGCACCGCCCCGGGCCCCGCACCCUCCGGGCCCCGCACCCGCCGCCAUGGCCGCCAACGGCGCGGCCGAGCCGCUGCAGAUCCAGUUCGGCCUCAUCAACUGCGGCAACAAGUACCUGACGGCCGAGGCGUUCGGCUUCAAGGUGAACGCGUCGGCCAGCAGCCUGAAGAAGAAGCAGAUCUGGACGCUGGAGCAGCCGCCCGACGAGGCGGGCGCGGCCGUGUGCCUGCGCAGCCACCUGGGCCGCUACCUGGCGGCCGACAAGGACGGCAACGUGAGCUGCGAGCGCGAGGCGCCGGGCGCCGACUGCCGCUUCCUGCUGCUGGCGCACGACGACGGCCGCUGGUCGCUGCAGAGCGAGGCGCACCGCCGCUUCUUCGGCGGCACGGAGGACCGCCUGUCGUGCUUCGCGCAGAGCGUGUCGCCGGCCGAGAAGUGGAGCGUGCACAUCGCCAUGCACCCGCAGGUCACGCUCUUCAGCCUGGCCCGCAAGCGCUACGCGCACCUCCGCGCGCGGCCGGCCGACGAGCUCGCCGUGGACCGCGACGUGCCGUGGGGCGUCGACUCGCUGGUCACGCUGGCCUUCCAGGACCAGCGCUACAGCCUGCAGACGGCCGACCACCGCCUGCUGCGCCACGACGGCCGCCUGGUGGCGCGGCCCGAGCCGGGCACGGCCUUCACGCUGGAGUUCCGCGCCGGCCGGGUGGCCUUCCGCGACUGCGAGGGCCGCUACCUGGCGCCGUCGGGGCCCAGCGGCACGCUCAAGGCGGGCAAGGCCACCAAGGCGGGCAAGGACGAGCUGUUCGCGCUGGAGCAGAGCUGCGCCCAGGUGGUGCUGCAGGCGGCCAACGAGCGCAACGUGUCCACGCGGCAGGGCAUGGACCUGUCGGCCAAUCAGGACGAAGAGACCGACCAGGAGACCUUCCAGCUGGAGAUCGAUCGCGACACCAAAAAGUGCGCCUUCCGCACGCACACGGGCAAGUACUGGACGCUGACGGCCGCCGGGGGCGUGCAGUCCACCGCCUCCACCAAGAGCGCCAGCUGCUACUUCGACAUCGAGUGGCGCGAUCGGCGGAUCACACUGCGCGCGGCCAACGGCAAGUUCCUGACGGCCAAGAAGAACGGGCAGCUGGCCGCCUCGGUGGAGACCGCAGGGGACACUGAGCUCUUCCUCAUGAAGCUGAUCAACCGGCCCAUCAUCGUGUUCCGCGGGGAGCACGGCUUCAUCGGCUGCCGCAAGGUCACGGGCACGCUGGACGCCAACCGCUCCAACUACGACGUCUUCCAGCUCGAGUUCAACGACGGCGCCUACAACAUCAAAGACUCCACAGGCAAGUACUGGACGCUGGGCAGCGACUCGCUGGUCACCAGCAGCAGCGACAGCCCCGUGGACUUCUUCUUCGAGUUCUGCGACUACAACAAGGUGGCCAUCAAGGUGGGCGGCCGCUACCUGAAGGGGGACCACGCCGGGGUGCUGAAGGCCUGCGCGGAGACCAUCGACCCCUCCACGCUGUGGGAGUACUAGCCCGCCCCUGCCCCCCGCCCCCGCCCCCCUUCCGCGCCCCCUCCCCCCCAGCUAAUUCCUCUCCAGGCGGCAGCGCCCAGGGGGGCAGCCCCUGGCUCUCCUACUGGAACCGGAGACGAUGGCGUCCCCCCGUGGCCUCUCCCGGGGUCAGCCCUGUGGCCUGGCCUUAGCGGGCCCGGGACCCCCGCCCUCUCUCUGCCGUGGGCGAGGCUGGCACCUCUUCUGACCUCAGACAACUCUGAGCCUUAUUUCCCCAAAGCAGCUGAGGAGUGGGGGCUCAAGCCUGGGGGUGGGGGGGGUUUAACUGGAAUCUCCUGCCCCGCCCCCCAGCCCAGGUUCCCCCCAACUUCCCAGCAGCCGGGCCCUGGCCCAAGCCCUUCGGUGGCCCCUGGGGCACCAGCCCUGCACCAGGAGGAGCGCCUGCGGUGCCCGUCUCUGUCCCUGCCGCCGGAGCAGGCCCGCCCUGUGCCCCUGCGCGCCGGCCCGCUCCUGUCUCCCUGGCUAACUGGAAGCAGAAAAUGACCAAAUCAGUAUUUUGUUUUUUUAAUGAAAUGUCAUUGUUGGAGGUGGUGCAGGCGAGCCUCGGGCAGCAGCUCCGGGCCUCGUGCCCCUGCUCCCUGGUGGUCGGGCAGGGAAGGCACCUCCCAAGCCCAGAACCUGCCCCCACCUCCCAGGGGCGCUCCCCGCCCCUGCCCGCCCAGCCAGAGCCUCCAGCCGGCGGAUUGGUGCUCCUGUCUGACUGGCUCCUGGGUCUCGGGUGGGACGAAGCCGGUGUCACCCUCCUGUGAGGAGACACCCAGCCCUGACCCCUGGCCCCCAGCCGCACCCCUGCCAGCCCCCGACCCCCUGUCCGCCAUGCAUCUCACUCCGGGGGUCUCGGUCUUUUAUUUUUUGUAAGUGUCAUUUGUAUAACUAAAUGCCCAUGAUAGUAGCUUCAGACUGGAAAGAGCAAAAUAAAGUAACGCAAAACCAA